AUUCAGAGGAAUCAGGCGUGAUGAAGCUAACAGACGGGAGGCGGAGCUAGCAGGCGGGAGGCGGUGCUAGCAGACGGGAGACAAUUAGGAAGAUAGAUGGGGGCGGGGACUCUCCUCCACGGCCCCAUAGCAGCUGCGUGGUCUGCCUAAUACCUAUAUGGUGCCCUAUAUGUCAUCAAGAUCAACUUCAUGGAGGAGCUUCCAGCAUGUGGGGAGGAGGAGGAGGUGCUCAUAAAGAAGACCGGUGCGACGUCGGUCAUAUGGGCCUGGUUUGGGUUUAAGGAGUCGGAUGUGGAGCAGAAAAAUAUAAUCUGCAAACUAUGCCGGGCGACAAUAAUUGCGAAGAGAGGGAAUACAACCAAUUUUUUUUAAUCACCUCAAAAUGAAGCACGUUUUGGAAUACCAAGAUAGCCAAAAACUGCGCCCUCCUCCACAAACGGCCAGUCAGUCUAUUGGAAAGAAAAAAGGUGGCCCUGCCCCUGCCCACCAGCAUUUUCUAAAGGCACUCCGUAUGACAAAAAAAAUGGGCGGUGGAUUGAUAUUACAAAUGCCAUUCCCUGUACCUGUGUAAGGACAUGGUGCCUUUCAGAACAUGAUUAAGACACUCGAUCCACGUUACGAGGUACCUAGCCGCAAACACUUUAGCCAAACUGAAGUGCCCAAACUGUAUGACAAAGUCCGCGAGCAAGUAAAGAACGAACUCCGGAGCAUAAAAUACUAUGCAACUACUACGGACUUGUGGUCGAGUCGCACAAUGGAGCCUUACAUUAGUCUCACAAUCCACUUCAUCAAUGACGAGUGGAAGAUGUGCAGCAGAUGCCUACAGACAUCUUAUUUUCCCGAGGAUCAUACAGGUGAACUGAUAUCUCAGGGAUUGAAGGAAGCGCUCGAGUCAUGGGGACUUAAAGAAGAGUAACAAGUCUGCAUAACCACCGACAAUGGCGCAAAUAUUGUGACAGCAGUGGAAAUUAACGGCUGGACAAGACUGCAGUGCUUUGGUCACAGGCUCCACCUCGCCAUAGAGAGAAGUGUGAAAGACGCCCGUGUUGAACAUGCAAUUGGCAAAUGCAAGAAAAUAGUGAGUGCCUUUUCUUACGCUUGUAAAGGAAGAGAGAGAUGGCUAGUGCCCAGGCUGAGCUAAACCGGCCUCCUCACCGAAACACCAACAAGAUGGGGGUCUCGACAGAUGAUUCAGCGGCUGCUCGAACAAGAGAAGGCCAUAUCACAGGUCCAGGAAAACCAGGCACCUGGUACCAACUUGGCAGGACAUUGAUGUGCUAGAAUCUAUGAACAAGACCCUCAGUCCCCUGUUGGAGUUCACAGAUGCUCUGUCUGGAGAAGAGUAUGUCGACUGUCAAACCUGUGCUCCACCUUCUAAACACCACAGUUCUUCCUCUAGCUGAUGAUGACAUUGACACAGAACUGAUGAAGGACAUGAAGAUGGCCAUCCUCAAGUGUUUAAAUGAGAAGUACUCGGAUGUUGCAACUGAUGACCUCCUGGAUAUGGCCUCCUUGGUCAACCCAUGCUUCAGAUCAUCAUAUAUAGCAGAUGACCGAAGAGAGUUCAUCUUCACAAAAGCAGCAGCAGAAAUUCAGGCACUGCUAGAGACGCAAGCUGUGUCUGCCACAGAGUCACCAUCACACACCAGCACAGGAGCUGCUGGAGAAGCCCAGAGAGAAGAACCCAAGCUGAGUAAACGAAGUCUGGGCAGCUUUUUAAAAAAUGCAUCUGCUCAGCCUGGCCCAGCUGCCCUCACCGACAGAGAAGCGAUUAAAAUUGAGCUUAAGAGUUACCUGCAGGCACUGGAUGUAGAAGGAGAAGCUGACCCACUGGAGUGGUGGAGGCUGCACCAGGCUAAUUUUCCCAGGAUGGCAAGCCUAGCCAAGAAAUAUCUUUGCAUUCCUGCCACAAGUGCCCCUUCAGAAAGGGCAUUCAGCACCAGUGGCAAUAUAGUAACACGCCACCGAUCUGCACUGAAGCCCGAGACUGUGGACAAACUUGUGUUCCUGGCGAAAAACCUUGGCUGAAGUGCAUUAUGUAAUGACAGGACCCCUCAGGAGGCGUGCAGCGCUAUACUCCUCCUCCAGAGGACCUGAGCGUUACGCCCCCGAGGCCACUGAAUAGUUUUAUUGAGAUUCUACUUUAUUGAUAUAUCCUUUAAAAUCAC